AUGAAUAAUAGUACCAUUCAUGGUUUUAAAUAUCUGGUGGAUAAAGAAAAAUCGUUCAUAGAAAAGGUUUGGUGGAUCUGCAUUUUAACACUCUCCAGCUACACUUGUGCAGUCUUAAUUAAAUCAACUUGGCGCAAGUGGGAAGAGAAUCCUGUUUUUAUAGCACUUCGACAAAAGCCAGUGUCGUUAUGGGACAUACCAUUUCCAGCAGUUACUGUUUGUUAUGGAUAUCUCCACAACAAACAGUCAAUCGCUACGUUUCUUUCUAAUGAAUCUGAAAAUACGUCAGAUCCUUGCAACGCCUUUUCUGAUUACCAAACGAAAUUUCCAUCAUUCAAAGAACCCAACGCUAGUGAAUUUUUUGAAAAGACCGCAUUUUCUAUGGACGAUAUUUUUUCUGAAUGUUUCAUAGCAAAUUAUGGUAUAGAUUUUCCAACACCUUGUUCCGAACUGUUUUCACCAAUUUUUACAGAUGCGGGACUUUGUUUCUCGUCUAACAUGCUGAGUAGAAACGACAUAUUCGAAAACGUUGCUUAUCUGCCAAGUACUCACCUUGAGCACCGAAAAACUGUAAAUUGGACAGUAGAUGACAAUUACAGUGGAAUUAAUAUACAUGUCUACCCCGAACGCUUGAUUACGACCACGAAUUAUAUUUGGAUGGAUUUAAAGUCAUUCUACAUCACCCUGCUGAAAUUCCUACCCUUGCAAGACGUCCUAUUUAUAUCGAAAACCAUGGAAGUUACGAGAUUGGGGUCAAAUUAG